UUGGGUAAAGAUAUCAUUGGCAAGUGUUGCAGUCUUUUAUUAAUUAUUUUAUUUAUAUAGAAAUUUCCCAAUCCUAAAAAAACACCAUGCAGAAUUUGUAGAUAAAUAAUACCACAUUUCACUUUAGUUAUUUAAAAAUAAUAUUUUGUUAUCAAUUUUAGAAAACAUGGAUCCGCUGAAAGAACAUGCAUAUGUUCGUAAAUCACAUGACGACCACACAUACUGUCAACAAGUGCCUCAAAAAGCGUCUCCUGCCAUUCCAUCCACAUCGGGGGUUAAAUCAACCGCAGUGGGCCAUACACCAAAACAGACUAUGGCCGUUUCUAUAGCCACAGAACCUGUCCCGACAACUUCAGACAUUGAAAAGGAGACCAUGCCCGAACUAUGCAGCAGCUUUAUUACAGAACUUGUUGUAGCUGAGAAGGUUACAGCUUGUAUUUCACCUAGUGUACAGUCACACAAUGAAGCAGUCUUUGUAACAACUGCUGAAGCUGCAAUCAAACAAUCAAAUGCUGAAGAGCAGCAGAUUUUGCCAGAAGCAAAUAUUCCAGAAUGUGUUGCGGUUGAGGAGGUUACCUCUACCAAUUUACCAAGGGAACAGUCUCAAGUUCAAAGUUAG